GAAGUGAGAACAAAUUGGAGUGAGCCCGGGGUUGCUCAGGUCCAUUUAAACACAAAUAACCCGAUCCCACCUUGAUAAACAAGGGCAUGAAAGUUGGUUCGGACAUUACAAAUACCUAACCCCAAAUUGAUAAAUAAGAGCGUGUGAAAGUUGGUUCGAACAUUACAAAUAAUUAUCUUUAAAAAAAAAAAAAUGAUGAUUGAAAUUGCAAAUUGCACUAGUGAUGCAUAUGCUAUAAUAUUAACAAAUUAAUAUAAUAGUAGAUUUUUAUAGACUGAAGAUCUAAUGGCGUGGCUCUUAUAACCAAUUCCUGAAAGAAGGAAUGGAGGAAGGAGAUGAUUGGACAGCCCCUGAUAAGCUCUACCACAUACUCUUCUGCUUCUUCAUUGCUAUCAUUUCAUCUUUUCUCGCGGAAAGAACUCGCUACUCUUUCAUCCGCCGCCGGAGCAUCUGGGUCGGAUCUAUUGUUUCACUCGCUGCCGGCGCCGCUAAGGAGGUUGCCGACGAACUGGGUUUUUUCAGGUCAGCAGGUGCAUCUACCAAGGACGCUGUUGCCGACGUCUUUGGUACUCUUAUCGCUGCUCUCGCAUUUUCUCUGUACAAAUCAUCCUUCAUACGCCGGAGACCCGAUCAAUCUGUUCAAGCUAAAGUACUCCAGAUGGUUUAAUCUGUUGCUUGGAAUAAAAAAAAUGAAUCAGAUGAUUCGGUGUUUUUACAUUCAUAGAACUGCACACCAUCUACAAAUAUAGGCGAUUAUGAUGGUUCGAUGGUGUUACUGAUGAAUUACCUUCUGAAACUAUGUUCCAGGGAAGGCUUUGGAUGAUUGUCUCUGUCUUCAUCAGGUAGUUUGACAGCAGAGUAAACGCCUGCCCCAAUGAGAGCGCCAAGAAUCGGAGCAGUAAGGUAGAUCCAGAUGGCUUUAUAGUUUCCUACUGCUACUGCUGGUCCGAGGGUUCUCACUGGAUUCAUUGAAGCCCCAGUUGUCUCCCUAAAACACGAGAAAUACAAAUUGUGAGAAAGACCAUAAACUACUCUCUUUUUUUCUUUCACAAGCUACUAAGUGAUUCCUACGGAAGCCGUCACUAUUUCGGUAUUGUAUUAUGUAUUACUUCCUUGAUUUUUCAUUCAUUUUAUGUCACGUCUUGUUUAGACAGAGUAACCAUGUGCUGUAGCAAGUGUAAGAUGUAUUGAAAUUAUUGUUGAAUAAAUAUUUUGAGAAUUGAAUUGUUGUUAUACAACAAUUGUGCUUGAAAAA